AUGGAUACUCAGCAGAGUAGGCAUGUAGUGCUCGAGGACACGCCAUCUGAUUUAGUGACACCACCUGUUCUACCUGUUCAGAUGCUAGCUACACCGACUUUGCAUACUAUUUCACAUGAUCAGGCUGUUGUCAUUCCACCCAUUGUCACACCAGUUACCAUUAUUGAGGAUCCUCGUUCUCGUAUGGACAGACUCGAGCGGAGGAUUAGACAAGUGAGAGAUCCUGAUGAGAUGAUUUCGUGGGAUGACCCUGACGACGUGCCAGUGGCCACUUUGCCAGUCAGUUUCAGGAUGCCUGAUAUAAAGAGAUAUGCGGGUGUUGGAUGUCCUCGCAUUCAUCUCAGACUUUAUAGCACAGUUAUGAGGGCCCUUGGUCUAGAUGAGGCACAGUUGCUCACUUUGUUCCCAUUGUCAUUGAGCGGCAUGACACAGAGAUGGUACGCUUCAUUAGAGUCAUCUCGUCGGAGAACUUGGGAGGACUUAGCACAGGAGUUUCUGAGACAGUAUUCAUUCAGUAGUGACACGAGCGUUACACGUAGAGAGCUUGAGUUUCUUAGACAGGGAUCAGAUGAGUCUGUUUCUUCUUUUAUCUCCCGCUGGAGGGAGAAGGCUGCGGAGAUGAUUGAGAGACCUACCGAAAGAGAUCAGAUGAGCAUGUUUUUGAGGAGUUUGCAUCCUAGGUUCGCUCGACAUCUGACAGGAGUCCCAUUCCAGGAUUUCAGAUCAUUGGUUCAGGCUUUGUUCGAUGUAGAUGAUGGCAUAUCUAGAGGAUUAUGGUCAGAUAUUAUUCCUUCCCCAGAUACUGAGGGGAAGGGAGUUGGUGGAUCAUCUGAGAGCUAUGGAGAUAUACCCAGGAGUGAUUUCCCACCCUUACAGCAUCGUCAUCCUCAGUCAGUUCAACAUUGUCCUUCUGUGCAUCCUCAUACUACCACGGUGCGACCUUCAUUCCAGUUUCAGCAUCCACAUACUAGUAUCCCACGGCAUGAGCAGUCUCGUCCCUAUCGGCGACAUCAGAGGACUUAUUCUGAUUUGGGGAUGCCUUUGGAUAGAGCUUUUGAGCGACUCAGAGCUACUGGUUUUUUAGCACCAUUGGCCCCUAGGCCACCCCCGAGUACUUUACCUCCGCGUUUUCGUGCUCAUGAGUUCUGUGCAUUUCACCAGAUGGCAGGCCACCGUACUGACUAUCGUGCUUCUCUACGUCAUGCCAUACAGGAUCUUAUUGACAGUGGUGCGGUUAGCUUCCCUUUAUCGACCACAGCUAUUGAUCUUGGUCCAGAUAUGACUACUGAUUCCUUUCCAGCCUAG